UUGUACCAGUAAUGGCUAUCCGAUUGCGACUAUCUAAAUCAUUUAGUCCGAGAACUCGAACUUGGAUAUGUUAGUAUUGGUAAAUGGUAUAACAGUAAUAAUUGAACAUAUUCCAAUAACUCUGAGUUAUUGAAAGCAACCGAUAAUUGACAUGAUAUCACAACCUUCCAUGUACUAAAAUUUAUAUGCACGAUAUUCAGAUUUGUGCAAUCUUCAAAUUCAUAUGAGUUUACUUUCAUUUUAGCGCAACUGGUUCAUGACAAUUAGCACGUGAUGACGAAUGAAAAUAUGGUAAUUAACACUACUUAAUAUUUCGAUGUUCAUCCCCAAGUUUAGUAGACAACGCUGCCACAAAGUGGCAUGUGAGGUUGAGAUUCCUGAGUAAUACUUCUAUGUUCAACUCAAUUAGCAUAGAGAAUAUGACCAGAUUAUGUUAUCGUUUGAAAAACAUAUCAGAGAGCUAAUAAUUAACUUCCGCGUUCUUCAAAUCUGUGAUUGGUCCUAUUUAUUGCGAGCAGCUGGGUUUCUUCCUUUCUUCCCUUCAGCUCUCAUGGAUUCACAGUGGCUGCACGUGAAAAGAGAGAAAACGCUCCCUUCUCCUUCUCCUCGAAAAGGGAAAAACCAGCAGCCCACCCACACAGCCACAGCAGCAAUUGGAGCAAUAGUAGUGCAAGUGCCCCUGCUCCCCUCUCUGCUCCAAGUUCAUCACUCAUCAAUAAAUGACAGUACUUUCUUCAUAAACAAUGUCACUAGUUUUCUUUACUUUGGAAUGAACAAGAAGCAUGAAGAAUUGAAGAUAAUAUGGUAGAAUUCUCUCCAUCAAACAUGUGUACAUAUCGUGAGUUUAGCAAGUAGGCCUCGAUCGAGUGAAGUUAAUUUCCUCGAUCGAGUUUUGGGCGAAUUGACACUUAAGAUUUGCAAAAAUGCAUGAUAAUCUUUAAAGCAUCGAAGCUGAUCGUACUUAUAAGGAGAUGACUUCAUCUUGACGGGUUUGUGGACUAUUCACAUUAAUGAGCUAGAAUUUAUCGUGGGUCACAAGGGGAUUUGAUAUGAAUUUAUCAAACUUAACGUAACACAACCUCGUUUUCGAUUCCAAUUUCGAAUUACAACUACAUUGCUUGAUAGAAUCAAAGUCCAAGAUAAUUUCGCUGGAUUUAGACCCGUUUCGAUCCAUUUUCAUCCCUACCGGACCCUACCGUCUAUAUAUGAACCGUCCAACACCAAGUUGAAAGACCUAGCUAGCAAAGUGAAUAAAGAAAGAACACGAUCGACCCAGAAAAUAAGGGAAGAGACAGAAAACUAUAGCAAUUACUGCAAAAGGGAGGUAACAGCUGAACUCAUUAACUCUUUACCCUAACCACCCACAUUCAAUAUUUCACCCCACACACACCAUUAUAAACAGACCUUCCCAUCACUUCAUAAACAACAGUCACGUCUCUUUCCCCCCAUUUCCUCCUCUUUCACACCAACCCUUUCUUCUUCCACUUUCUCUUCAACCGUGUGUAAGUCCGAUAAUGGCUUUGACCAGAUUAACCACCAAACUCUUGGUCGUGCUCAUUUUGGGACUACUAGCGUUUUCCCAAGUGGGUCUCGCUCAGUUCUUCAACGGCACCGUCGGCGGCGACGGCGACGGCGACGAGGGAGGAGAUGGAGGAGACUACGGGGAAGUGGCCGCCGGCGGCGGCCGUGGUGCUUCUACCAAGGAAGCGUUGGUCCCUGCGAUGUUCAUAUUCGGGGACUCGCUGAUCGACAACGGCAACAACAACAACUUGGCCUCUUUGGCCAAGGCCAACUACUUGCCGUACGGCAUUGACUUCAACGGCGGGCCCACCGGCCGCUUCUCCAACGGCUACACCAUGGUUGACGAAAUCGCUGAGCAGCUGGGGCUGCCGUUGAUUCCGCCGUACACCGAGGCGACCAACGGCGACGUGACACGUGGCGUCAACUACGCCUCCGCCGCCGCCGGAAUCCUAGACGAUACCGGCAGAAACUUUGUGGGUCGGAUCCCAUUCGACCAACAAAUAGGAAACUUCCGGAACACGCUAGACCAACUGACCGGAAAACUCGGUGCCGUCGAAACCGCCCAGGGCAUCGGCCGGAGCAUAUUCUUCGUCGGAAUGGGCAGCAACGACUACCUCAACAACUACCUCAUGCCCAAUUACCCGACCCGCGGCCAGUACAACGGCCAGCAGUACGCCGAUCUCUUGGUCCAUCAGUACACCCGCCAGCUCAAUACGCUUUACAAUUUGGGAGCUAGGAAGUUCGUGAUAGCUGGGCUUGGAGUAAUGGGCUGCAUCCCCAGCAUCCUGGCCCAAAGCCCAGCCGGGCUUUGCUCCGAGGAAGUCAACAAGCUGGUCACUCCCUUCAACCAGAAUGUGAAGGCCAUGAUCAACAACUUCAACGCCAACCUCCCUGGCGCCAGGUUCACUUACAUCGACAUUGCCAAGAUGUUCCGCGAGGUCCUCACCAACUCGGAACGAUACGGGUUUAGCGUGGUGAACAGAGGAUGCUGUGGGAUAGGCAGGAAUGCAGGGCAGAUAACGUGCUUGCCGUUCCAGACGCCGUGCAACGAACGCGAGCAGUACGUGUUCUGGGACGCGUUCCACCCGACGGAGGCUGUGAAUGUGCUGAUGGGGAGGAAGGCCUUCAAUGGCGAUACCACUUAUGUCUACCCUAUCAACAUCGAGCAGCUUGCCCGCAUUGGAUGAACAGCCCGAAAAAAGAUUGUGUCUUGGUUGAUUGAUGAAAUAUGGAUGUUCCUGAAUAUGAAGUCUGGUCUCAGUCAAGUAGUGUUCUUUCUUUCUGUUCCAAUCCUCCCAAAACUGUAGUUUAAGCAAUGUGGAGACAGUUUUUUUUUCCCUUUCGGUUGUUGGGUCUGGUUAUGGUGAAAUUAGG